CAAUGUUAUCAUUGCUAUAUUUUCAUUCAAUCAAAGACAUCUUUGUUCUGAAAGCCUGACGGACGACUAUCACGACCUUCAUGCCAGUAAUCAAAUUAUUUCUCCAGCAUGGAUGUAGUAAUGCACCCCAUUAUUAGUUCCAUACAAAAAAUAGCUCUCUACGAAACUAAAUCUAGACUUUUUGUAAUUGCAUCAAACAAUUCUGAAACCAAGUUUAGAGUGUUGAAGAUAGAUAGAUUGGAGCCACAAGAAUUAUCGGUGAUAGAUGACAAAGUUGAGUAUUCCCGUGAUGAGAUAAGAGAUCUUAUCAACAUGAUAGAUAUGGGAAACCGAGGUAGAGCUGGAGGUGCUAUUAGACCAGAUGUCUCAGCAUUUGGCAUUGUUGGAUUCGUAAGGUUCAUGGAAGGCUACUACAUGGUGCUUGUGACCAAGCGGCGUAGAGUGGCUGUGGUGGGUCUGCACACAAUUUACAAGAUCCAGGACACUUACAUGGUAUACAUUCCCCACGAGAGCGUUCGAGUGGCGCAUCCAGACGAGGCUAGGUACCUCAAGAUGUUUCAGAGUAUUGAUCUCUCCAGCAACUUUUAUUUCAGCUAUGGCUAUGACAUCACUCAUACAUUACAAGUCAAUAUGGCAAUCCCAAAAAAUGUUAGUCAUCUUCAAGUACCUUGUGGGUCACAUCCAAAAACUCCAGGGCCUGUCGAGACUGCAGAAAAAGAAGAUUUGUUUUCGUCCUCUAGCCCAGGAGAAGACGAAAAUGUAAAAAGAGCUAGCUCCCACAGCAGAGAAGGAACGACAAAAUCCACGGAUCCCAAAUAUCACCCCUCGGUUCACUAUGGAGUGAGAAGUGAACCUAACCGCAGAUAUGUGUGGAACUCUCACUUGCUAUCUAAGGUGGAGGAGGAGCUUCAUCCUGAUUGGAUAUUGUACAUCAUGCACGGCUUCAUAAGCCAAUCGUGUGUCAGCAUCUUCGGCAGGUCAGUCUACAUCGCUCUCAUCGCCAGGAGAUCCAACAAAUACGCCGGCACUCGCUUUCUCAAGAGAGGCGCAAACUUUGAGGGAGAUGUAGCUAAUGAGGUGGAGACGGAGCAGCUGGUUGAAGAUAUCGGAAUCUCCUCCACAGACAACCCGAGGAUGAGCUCGUUUGUGCAGAUGCGCGGCUCUAUCCCCGCUCACUGGAGUCAGGAUAUCAGCAAGAUGGUGCCCAAACCUGCCAUAACCUUUGACCUCUGUGACCCCUUCGCACAGACUGCUGGUGCCCACUUCAAUAAGCUCCUCCAAAGAUACGGGUCUCCAAUUAUAAUCUUGAACCUCGUGAAGGAGAGAGAGAAGAAGAAACAUGAGAGUAUGCUAAGUGGGGAAUACCUGUCAGCCAUUACAUAUCUCAAUCAGUUUUUACCGCCCGACUUGCGCAUUCAGUAUGUCCAUUUUGACAUGGCGCGUAUUAACAAAGGGAAGGGAGCUAAUGUGAUGGGAGGGCUAGCAGACAUAGCUCGCACAGCUGUCACCAAGACUGGGUUCUACGCCAGUUACCGACCCUACCCCGGGGCUACUGUGGUGGGCAGAGAGACCAACGAGGGAUGGGCACAGACGGGCAUCAUCAGGGUCAACUGUGUCGACUGUCUAGACCGUACCAACACUGCUCAGUUCGCCCUGGGCAAGUGUGCACUCGGCUAUCAGCUCUGUUCUAUGGGUUUCUUACAGUGGCCAGCUUUGGACUUUGAUUCAGACUGUGUGCGCUUGCUCGAGGUGUUGUAUGAAGACCACGGAGACACUUUGGCUCUGCAGUAUGGAGGAUCGCAAUUGGUCCACAGGAUCAAGACUUACCGCAAGACUGCUCCUUGGACGUCCCAGGGCAACGACAUCAUGCAGACACUGAGCAGAUACUACAGCAACACCUUCUCCGAUACUGAGAAACAACACGCUAUGAAUCUGUUUCUCGGCUUGUUCGUACCAGAUGAACAUAAUUCUCCCAUCUGGGAACAGGUGACUGACUACUAUCUACACAAUUCCCUGAUGAUCAGUCUAACUCAGCACAAGAUGAAGCCCUUGACACAAUGGUGGGACGAAGAGGUGAUGGAGUGUUUACCCUUCCCCGAGAUGUUGUGUCGUAAAACCUGUAAGGCGUUUAUGCAAGUCUCGCCGCAGGACAUUGAGUUUGUGGACGCUUACGCAGACUUCCAUCGACCUCAUGAGUUCAGUGAACUUAACGAGACUUACUCUAACAACAUCAGUCAUUCUGUGAGAGACUUUAUGCCCCAUUGUGUGACUGAUUUCUCCCCAUUCACGGUAAGGGUGAGACCGGGCCGUCGCAGGGAAGAGACUGCCAAGGGCGCCAAUACGGGCAAAAACCCUUCCCUCACUGGUCAGAGCUCCACAAGCAGCACUGCGUCUACUGAUAGUUCCGAGGAGAGUGACGAGGAAGAGAUAACAACAGCUUAUUCGGAGUCACACCACUCGUCUCCAGCCAAGGAAGUGUCCGGUACAACCGGAUUAAUCACCUUCGACUCAUUGUUCCCCUCGUGUCGGCAGACCUACGGGUUUGAUCUCACUCCCCCAUCCCGUCAGGAUACACUGCUGUAUAAGAGGUACGUGUUGAUGCAUCGACUAGCCAACAAGACUGUAGAGCAGCUGGCUGUCAACAGUGUCAUGUCCAAGCUGUCUCCUCCAGUCUGUCCGCAGCAACUGAGCGACGACAGUACCUUCCAAGUGACCCCUCCUCAGGUCAGUGAAAAAUCCCUCGACAUCUACCGAGACUACGUGGCUCGCUCUAGUGGAGAAGUGUCGGUUCCUGAAGACAAGUAUACUGCUUACGUCAACUCUCAACUCGGCUUGUUCCCUGUCAUAGGAUGGGAAGAGUAGUGUUGUUGUAUCCAAGAGAUCCUGAGGUGGCUGUGUUUUUGUUGCUUAUGGUGUUAUUUUUUUGUAUCAUCUGUAUAGAUACAUUAGCCUACAGUAUUUUAGCCCAGUAGCAUCUUUAAUAUUGACUGAUAGAAAUAUAUGCAAGUGAGCUUUGAAAGUUACCAUGAAAAAAAUACUGUGUCAAACUUUGUUCUGUUAUAGCUCUAUUUUAUCUUGUUUGAAACCACACAUGAAAUCAAGAGUGAAUUUAGUAUUAUUAUUAUUAUAUUAUUUGUUUGCAAGAUGCACAUUCCACUUAGUUUUUAUAUUUUUGUAAGUUUAACAAGUCAGCAUUAAGAUAACUAUGAUAUAUAGGUUGUUAUAUAAACAAAAAUAAUAAGUACUUACACCUGGGUGGUUUUGAUAUUGGUGAUAAACAUCAUACUCUCUGUACAAACAUACAAGUUGGAACCUUAGUUAAUUUACUAUAACCAAAACUAAUCUCUUUAAAGAUUUUAUUACCUUCCCAUGUGCGAAUGUUUUGUAAAUUUCUAUUUUUAUGAAUAAGGCUACUGUGAAUAUUAAUCAAAAUCGCCAUUUCACAAGUAAAAAAAAAGUCAAACCAAGUCAGAGUACGCUUGUGAUGUUCAGACUGUUCAGAGUAACCGACUUCUAAUUUCAUAAGGUAGAGCAAGUGUAUUAUUUGGACAAGGAAAGGCUUUCUUUUUCCUAUCAAAGAUUGGUUCAAUUUAGAAUAUCCCACAGCCGAGAGCAUCACACUCUAACAAAAAAAGCUCACUUGUGCAUUUGGGAACCAGAGUUUUGCCAACGGGUGUCAGGUAGAUGGGGAAUGCCGUCGGCCACCUCUUGGUGCGGAGAUUUGCCAACGGUGGGGGCGGGAGAAAGAGAGUGUGAGGGGGGAGAGAGUCAGGGUUGUCUACGCUUGGGGUUGACGAUCAGGGUGAUGACCGCGUUCAUAGGAAUGCAGUUAUGCGCUUGUCGCAGUGGGUAAGGUUAGGUUAGGUUAGGUUAAAAAUUCAAUACAUUUCCUUUCACAGUCAGAGGUGCAUAACUACAUUUCCUUGAAUACAGUCAGCAUCCUGCUGGUUUGUCCACCCCUAGCAGAAGCCAUCCUCACGGUCACGUGUAAUCUCUCUCUCUCUCCCCCUCCCCCAACCGAUGACAAAUCUCCGCAGUAUCAGGAAUUCGCGGAUGGGGACUCCUACACUCGUGCAUUUAGAAAUGCAUAUCAAACCUAUAAUGUAAAAAGAACAAAUUGUUUAAAGAAUUCUCCAGUUGAGUUAGUAAAGGGCCCUGACUUGUUUGCUACUACUUUUGAUGACCACACCAUGGCAGGCAUACUGAUUUCCAAUGCUUUGGUCUAACACUUCUACAAGGUUUUAUAAAAAAGGUAAUUUCAAAUAAAAUAUAAAAAUGUCAAGUUUUUCUGUGUUGUGUUAUGUGUUUUAUGUGUGUACUUAGGAUAAUCUGGACUCUGUCUACCAGGUAAGCUAGCUGAUCCCUAUCCUUGUACAUAACAAUCCUAUUUCAUAUAAAAUUCUAAAAAUUGUUAGUUUUUGAUCGAAUUUAGUUAUGCUGUUUUAUGUAACAUUUCCUGUAUGUUUUUAUUAAUGUAUAUCCUUACUUAACCUUAUAUAAAAAUGUAAAAUAUACAGCUAUUUUGUUUAUGUAAAAAAUCUAUAUUAAAUACAUU